AUGGACACAGCUGUGGAGACCAAACAGCGAAAGAAGCUGUUUGGCCAUAACCGAAGUGGAUCAUUGUUCCAGUCUUUUUCGAGUACCACCUCUAAGACGUACGGAAAGAAGAAAGCCAACCCAACACUGGCCAAGGCCCAAGCUGGGUUUCAGCAGUGGAGCCAGAUUCGAGCUGCUGACGCCAGUAAUGCAAAUAUCAUAAAUAAUAGCCAGGCUAGUGGACCAGGACCAGUUCUUGCUAGUGGAGAUGAUUUAGAAGAUGACGACGCGGAUAUUCAGAAUGACUCUCGUAAGGAGGUUCAUGCGACAACCGCGCCAAUCGGACUCGGUAUCGACUCGUUGAUCCCACUAGAGAUAGAUACUAGUAAUAAGGAGAAUAUUUCGUGGGAAGCAGAGACCACCGAGGUGUUGCGCAAGAUUCGACCCACGUCCAAGUCGUCUUUAAGAGGUAUAAACGUUAACGGCGUGAAUCCUGGCGGAGCUGGCAGUGUUACAGGUAGUGCUACUACCAGUGCGACUGCGAGUAUCAAUGGAGAGAUUGCUGAAGACUCUCCUAAACAGAACCGACUUUCGCGAUUAGUACGUACUAUUUCGGGCCUGUCAACCACGUCUACUUCGUCGAAAGAUACCAUUGAUGGAACGAAAUUGAACAGAAACAGCACUGCCACCGUCAGUCGAGUGUCGCAUCGGUCGUCUUUGUCGACAAUCCACCGAUUCUCAAUCGGUUCGACGAGCUCAUCUACAGAUGCGACUCCUGUCAAGCCUCAAUCCAACAGAUACUCUGCGCUGUUGGAUGUAGGUAAUCUGAGAAGAAGCUCUGUCGCAAAUAACCUAUCACAGAUCCUUAACAACAGCGAUCUUGAUACUGACGAAGAAGAUGAAGAGGAUGAUAUGGACGAGGGAACAGGAAAACGCGCUAUCCCGGGUAUUGUAGUUCCAUUUGAAAAUGAUCUUGAGGGUUCUAAAAAGAACCGCGAAAGUUGGAAUGACAACUACAGUAAACAAAGGACCCGUCCCAGUUCCGAGUACCGCGAUGUUUCCCACGACGUGGGACUUCUCAAUAUCCCUAGUAACUACCCACCAAUGGCAUCGUCCAACCGCAUGUCAUACAUGUCACUUCGCAAACCUGCACCACCAGCUCUCACGAUUUCGUCGACAUCGCCACAAUCAUCGACAGUCACUUCGCCAGCACUGUCGCACUACUCGAACGUGUCGAUUCCAUCUAUUUCAAGUGGCAGUGGCCAUUCGCCUCUUUUAUCUUACAAAAAAGAGACUGGCUCUAUCAAGCAUAAACGAGUGACAAAAGACAGCAUUUCUGGCCCUACUUCGCUGGUUAACCACCAGGAAUUCUUUGCCCCUCGACCAAGUUUUGAAAGCGAUUUUGACUCUUAUAGCAAUGGCCGCAGUGCUUCGCAACCAGCAAACACAAUUUCAGGAGGUCCUAGUAGCAUCUCGACAUCAGUCUCAAGUACAGGAACCAGUAAUUCGUCGGCAUCACGAACAUCCCGUUACGGUUCUUCGUUCCUGACUUCGAUCACCCCUCACUCAUCGCUAUUAUCAUUGAGGUCUACGAAGGCGAAAGAGCGAUCUGGUACGUCCACUAGUGACUUUGUUCCAAAUAAGUCGCCUACAUCAGCAGCAUCUAUCUCGAGUUCGAUCAACCUCCCAGCAUCAUCAUCAAAUACAACCGCAAAAUCAUCAACUAAAUCGAAACAUGCUCAUAAACUGUCACUUGUUAAUGGAUUCACAAAGAAACCAUCUAUUCAGGACAUGAAACGCUAUAUUAGUUUCUCCCCCAGUUCAUCUUCUUUAUUCCGCAACGCAUCUAAUUCGCCCACUAAUGGUUCCGCCACCAUGACAAAAUCACCAUCUAUCCUCGGAGACUCGUUUGAUAAGACGAUGAUUUCUCUGCCAAUUCCUGUCGACGGAUCAAGAGAAAAGCUCCGCAACAAACUUCGCGCUAGUACCUCACUUCUCUCACUCGCUCGGUCCGACACCUCUGGCUCCUUGACUGUAGGUAUCCCCAUUGCAGAAUAUGAGCAAUCGCAACUUCAAACUCUGCUGUCUUUGUGUAGUUGUGCUGAGAUUGAAGACUUUUCCGAUUAUAUUGAUCAUGGUUACGACAAUCUCGAAAAGCUGGCCGAGGCUUCUUUCAGUGAAGUUUUUAUCCAAAGAUCCAGUAACUCAUCUCGUAUCCUUAAAAUUAUUCCCUUUGGAAACGAAGAGCUAGAUCAACUACCAGUUCAGGAUAUUAUUCAGGAGCUGACAAUUGCACGAAUGCUCAUGCCAUUGGACGGCUAUGUUGAUGUUCUUGACUCCACUAUUGUACGAGGUACAUACCCACAGCGACUAUUGGAGUUAUGGGAUGACUACGACCAGCAGAAGCGAUCUGAGAACUAUCGACCAGACUUUUUCAAGCAUGACCAAAUGUACUGUAUUGUAGUCAUGGCCAAUGCAGGCACUGAUUUGGAGCAUUUCGAUCUCAGUUCAUGGCAGGAUGCCGAGUCGAUUUUCUGGCAAGUGGUGCAAAGUCUAGCUCUUGCUGAAGAAAAGUUCGAGUUUGAACACCGAGACCUUCACUGGGGCAAUGUCGUUAUUGAAGAAGUCUCCAAGGGAGUCUCGCAAACAACCGACCUCCUAAAUAAUCUCAGUUUGGAAGAUGAGCAAAGAAACACCAGCAAGCGCACUAAUCCCAAAGAUAAAUACGGGUUUAGAUAUGACGAAGAUGAAGCUGAUGGUGAAAUCGACGAUGAUUUAUAUGAAGAGAAAGAGCUCAAGGUGACGUUGAUUGACUAUACUCUUUCAAGAGCCAUGACAGACGACGGCACGGUGGUGUUCACCCGUUUGGACCACCCCGACUUUUUCCGUGGUAAAGGUGAUUACCAAUUUGACAUCUAUCGAUUCAUGAGAACAUUUAUUGGCGGUGCUUCUGCCAGUUAUCUAUCUCCCAACCCGGCAAACCAUGCUACACAAUUGGCAUCGACAUCUCCUGGCCUUGGACACCCAUCGCCUGAUCUAGCAAAGCUCAACCAGCAGACCAACUGGUCUCUGUUCUGUCCACGAACAAACAUCCUGUGGCUUCACUAUCUCGUUGACAAACUGCUAAACGCAAAGUCAUUACCUCGCGUAUCUACCACCAGAAGCGGCCGACUCAGUUUUGGUGGAGGAUCUAAUGGAUCGCUCCGCGACGCUUAUCUCAAAGGCAACAACGUGUCUCACAACGACGAAGCUCGUGCAUGUGCUGCUCUCGAAAUUAUCCACAAAACACUUGACCCACGCAAGAAACGCUUCGGCGGCAAGAAACACAACUCACCCAUGUCGUUCCAAGACUUCUCGAGCGCCAGAGACGUUCUUCGCUGGGGAGUUCGCAACAAAUACGUCUCUUAA